GCUCUUUCCGUUAUUGAAUCACUUCGUCCCAAAGACAUUUCCCGUCUCUCGAACAGCUUCGUGAUUAUACGCUAUAAUCUCCAUUCCUCGCUCUUCAACAUCAGAUCGUCAAACCGCAAAUUGCGCAGCAGUGACAAGAGUCAUCACCGCCGAUAUCACCUGCGACGAUGACCGACGCUGCAGAAGCACACCAUGAGUUCCAGGCUCGAGGGCCUCACAGUCACGUCCAGCGGUGCGCAUCAGUACGCAAGAUUGGCAGGCCAAUAGUUGAACAACUACAAGAGAUCUUCCUCGGUAUCGCAGCCAAGGAGCGACCGGACGACAAGAUUGAAGUUGGAUUCUGCGCUCACGACGGCACCUAUAGCAUGGAUUUUGCCGUUCAAUGCAUCGAAACCAAAGGCAAUGUCGCGAAGACCCUCUCGGACUACGUGAUCACAAUGGUAAAAGAAUAUCAAGACGACCAUCGUUACAAGGCUCUCGGAGCUGGUAUCUCAAAGACCGCUUGGAACCUUUCGCUAGAUCUCCCUGCCAGAAUGUGGGCUGAGCUCGACAUACCUACCCUGGAGUUUAAGAGGAACGUGGCCGAAAGAGAUCGCAACAAAACACCCAUCGUGGAUGUUGACGAGGAGGCUGAUGCAAUGGCCAGAAAAUGUGUCAGCAUGUAUGGUCCUCAAAAACAACCACUCAUCCAGGUUAGAUUUCUGAACGAAGUCGAUGUUGAUGCUGCUGGCCAUGCUCUUUUGUGUACUCUGGAACAAUAUCGCGAGACCGUUCGUAAACCUACAUGGGAUGCGACCAUGUACUAUACAACAAGGCUGAAGAAGCGAGGAAUCAGGAUGGCUUUCUUGAAUGCGACACCUCAAGGAGGUGGCGUUGCGCUCAUGAGACAUGCUAUGGUUAGAUUGGCUCGCCUUCUCGACAUUGAGAUGAAGUGGUACGUGCCGAGACCCAAGAACGAAGUCUUCCGUAUUACAAAGACCAAUCACAACAUCCUCCAAGGUGUUGCUGGCCCCGAAGAAUGUCUGACCGACGAUCAAGUCAACACAAUCAAAACCUGGCUGUACAGCACAGCCAGACGUGACUGGCUACACAAGGAUGGCCCCCUCUCCAAGAUUGAGGAUGGCGGUGCUCACAUUAUCUUCGUCGAUGAUCCGCAGAUGGCUGACAUCGUGCCAUUGGCAAAGGAAGUAGAGCCUGGCCGUCCUGUUCUCUACCGCUCGCACAUCCAAAUUCGCGCGGAUCUGGUGGAUGAACAGCCUGACAGCCCGACUGCUGCUGUAUUUGAUUGGCUACACUCGCGGGUAAAAGAAGCGGAUAUGUUCAUCGCUCACCCUGUGAGCGAAUUCGUGCCCAAGGUUGUGGAAGCGAAGAAAGUGGCCUACCUACCUGCAACUACUGACUGGCUCGAUGGACUCAACAAAGAGCUACGCUUCGAGGACUUACAGUACUACUUCGAGAACUACAACGCCCAUGCGCUCGCCUCAAACCAGCCUCAGCUCGAUUUCCCCACGCGCGACUAUAUCGUUCAGAUUGCUCGCUUUGACCCCAGCAAGGGUAUCGACACCGUCAUCCGCUCCUACGGCGAGCUUCGCAGAAGACUAUACAAGGACACAACUGUCUCGCAGACACCUCAACUCUGUAUCGCUGGCCACAGCAGUAUAGACGACCCGGACGCCUCCACCAUCUUCGACGAAAUGAUGGAGCUCAUCGAUGCCGAAUAUCCCGAUCUGGCCAACGACAUCUCCGUCAUGCGAUUGGGACCCAUCGACCAAGAACUGAAUGUUCUGAUGAGCAAUGCCAAGAUAUGUCUACAGCUCUCAACUCGCGAGGGCUUUGAAGUCAAAGUGUCUGAAGCUUUGCACAAAGGGAUCCCUGUCAUUACUACUCGCGCCGGGGGUAUCCCUCUGCAAGUCGAAGAUGGAAAAUCUGGAUUCUUGGUUGACUCUGGAGACUAUCGCAUGGUGGCUGAGUAUAUGUACAAACUGUUUACCGACGAGGAGCUGUACUCUACAAUGAGCAAAUAUGCGGCUAGUCAUGUCAGUGAUGAGGUCAGCACUGUGGGAAACAUGCUGUCGUGGCUUUAUCUGGCAAAUACGAUGGCUGGUGAGGAGGGAAAGAAGCUGGAGCCCAAUGGAAGAUGGGUCAAUGACUUGGCGAGAGAAACGGCAGGCGUACCAUACGAAGAGGGCGAACCUAGGUUGCCUAGACGUUACAAGAUCUGAGAAGUUCAGGAAGUUUCAAGACGCAGACACAUCGCUGUCAACGACCUUCUAAUUGGCACCCACUCUGUUUCGUACAGUCUCAUUGUGAUAUUCAAGUUCAACCUCUUCUGUGGUCUUCACGACUAGUCGGUACCGUCUCAGGCUCUAGGGUCGCCCCGUUGUUGUCCUUCAUUCUUCUCCGUGGCAACUACCUGGUCCUGGUAUACGCUAGGAUCGCAGUCACUGUAUUCAGCUCUAGCCAUUGCUUACCCGACUGUUCUUACUCGCCAAGAUCUCUAGUCGUUUUCAUCGAUUUGUUUUUGCCUCGACCGCAGACCUUGUGUUGUUGCGGAAGCGUGAUCGGAGUGAACCGACAAGUUAGGGUCGCUCUUAGCAUAAGGCAUAUAGCCGUGGCACUCUGCUAGCAAUUCAAAUUCAAGUUCUUUUUGGC